CUCCGAAGUUUGCUUAUUUAGGUCCUAUUAGAUCUAGAUCUAUAUUUUGUUUCGUUUCUUUGAUUUCUCAGUAAAAUAUUUUAACUACUGUUGAACUUCCGAUAUUGAACUUCCUUUUUAGAAUUUGUUUGAGUAAAGAGAAGCAUAGAAAAUGGCUGACGAUGAUUUGGCAGAAAAGAAGAAGAAGAGGACUUUCCGCAAGUUCACUUACAGAGGAGUGGAUUUAGACCAACUUCUGGAUAUGUCCAUGGAUCAGCUUGCUGAUUUAUUCAAUGCCAGACAAAGGCGUCGUUUGAAUCGCGGUCUGAAGCGUAAGCCUCUUGCUCUGAUGAAGCGUUUGAGGAAAGCCAAGAAGGAAGCUGGACCUUUAGAAAAACCAGAGGUUGUAAAGACACAUCUUCGUGACAUGAUCAUUAUUCCAGAAAUGAUUGGAUCUAUUGUUGGUGUUUACAACGGCAAAACUUUUAACCAAGUUGAAAUCAAGCCUGAGAUGGUUGGCCAUUACUUGGGAGAGUUUUCAAUUACCUACAAACCUGUUAAGCACGGCAGACCUGGUAUUGGUGCCACACAUUCUUCCAGGUUUAUCCCUCUGAAAUAAACUAUGGAUUAACAUUAAA